CGUCUCCUUCUCGAACAAGCAGCCCCUUCAGAAAAAAAGUAGCACUUUUUAAAAAAAUAAAACCCCUCUAAAACCUAAAGCCUCAUCUUCUUCUGCUUCAUUUUAUUGUUAAAAAUCUUUAGAAUUACUUCAAUAUGUCAAUGGACCUAGACCCAGAUGAAGUCUUUCGUGACGAUGAAGAUGAUCCAGAAAGUGAAUUUUAUAAGGAAAGAGAUGCUACUAAGGAAUUAUUGGUAUACCUUGUGGAUGCUUCGCCCAAAAUGUUUUCCACUACUUGCCCUACGGAUGAUGAAAAGACCGCUACUCAUUUUCAACUUUCCAUCAAUUGCAUUGCACAAUCUCUCAGAACUCAGAUUAUUAAUAGGUCUUACGAUGAAGUUGCUAUAUGCUUCUUUAACACUCGGGAAAAAAAGAAUUUACAGGACUUAAGUGGCGUUUAUGUAUUUAAUGUUCCAGAAAGAGAGGAUCUGGAUAGACCAACGGCCAGGCUAAUUAAAGAAUUUGAUCGAAUAGAAGGUAAAUGUUCAUAUUGGUCUCUAAUUUCGGUGCAAGUUUUUGGUGGGUGUAUGGUUAUGCAACUAUCUCUGUUUAGACAAGAUUCUAAAUUGGUCGUCAAAAGCCUAGCCAUAUGUUACAUCAUUGCAGUCAAACUCACAUAAUAA